AUGAUUUCUGCUUUCAAAAAACUUCCGAAGAUACGGUCUUCAGCCUUAUCGUUAGUUCGACGGUCAUGCACUUCUUUAUCCUAUUCAAACGCCAAUUCCUCUGUUCCUCUCAUAGAAUUGAGGAAUCGCCGUGAAAUCUUUGUUAACAAAGUGAAUAUUUGCACUAAACAGAUGGUAAAUAAGCCUUCAUAUCAUAUAGUGGUAAUACCAGCUUCAGAAAUACAGUAUAUGGCAUACCAUGUCCCAUAUCCUUUUCACCAAGAUCCCAACUUCUUCUACUUCACAGGGUUGAAUGAACCAAAUGGAAUUUUGUUAUUUUGCACAGAUAAAACAAAAGAACGUGACGAUCAAAGUGACCUUAACUGGUCGACCCAUCUUUUCGUGGAGACUCGGAACAAACAUGCUGAGAUCUGGAAUGGUCCAUCCUUGACGUUAUCAGAAGCUUCUUUGGCAACCGGGGUUGAUAAUUCCCAUCCUUUGAGUGAAUUUAGUAAAUUUUUGGACCAUCAAGCUUUAUAUACACAAUCCAUAUGUGUUUGGUAUAGUCCAUUGUCAUCCAAAAAUUUUGUUGAGCGCCCCUUAAAUAAGUUCGUUUUGAAAAAGAUUUUAGAAUUCUCCCGGCAAAUUAACGACAAAAGAAUUAGUUUUGAAAAUCCAGACUACUUAAUCGACAGCAUUCGCCUUAUAAAAUCAAACUAUGAAAUCAAACAACUUAAAACUUCGGUUAUUGCAGCAGUUGAGUCUCUUAAGUCGGCUAUGCAAAUUACACAAGCAGGAAUAACUGAAACUGCUUUACAAAGUUACAUAGAAUACCAAAUGCGCAGCCGAGGCUGUACUGUUGGGUAUCCACCUGUUGUCGCUGGUGGGGACAGAACAAACAUCAUUCAUUAUAUGAAGAACAAUAUGAGAAUAGACAAUGGGGAAUUGGUUCUGGUGGAUGCUGGGUGUCGCUUUAACGGAUAUACUUCCGAUAUUACCCGAACUUGGCCAGUUAACGGAAACUUUUCGGCACCCCAAAAAGUUAUACAUGAAAUAUUAGUUGAUGUACAAAACUCAUGUGCAUCUUUAGCCUCCCCUGAACAAAGUCUGCAAGAUCUAUAUCACCAUAUGCUGUCUGAAAUAGGACGACACUUAAUAAGUGAGGGGAUUAUCCCAGAUCAGGACAAGUUUUACGUUGCUCAACAGAUAUCCAUGACACCCCCACAAUACCUAGUUCAAAACGGUUUGAAGCAGGUGUUGUGUUCCCUUUAG